AUGGCAGCCAUCCCAGGAUCCUACCCUGACUCCAUCCCCCCCACGCCCGACGAAACCAUGCAACAACAACAACAGCAGCAAGACUACUACGGUCGCCGCCAGCGCAACAAGCUACACAAACCGGGUGACCCGCGCGGCCAAGCGUACGGCGACGAGCACAUCCCCAACCUUGUCCCCAAUCCUGUCUCCAACCCUGCCACACAACCCCGACAACAACAGCCCCCCUUGGCACAAAACCCAGUCGUUGCCAGCCGUGGCCCGGGAGAUGUUGUCGGCGGUGAUACCACGGCGUACAGCGGUGAUUACCUGGACCAAACAAAAGGCCACAGCAGCAGCAACCGCGCGGCAGUCGGUGAUACAACACCGACGCAGCAGAGUGAGAAUGAUCACGCCGGACUUGGCAAGGCUGCGGUGGGUGGUGGCUUUGCGGCCGGUGUUGUUGGAGGGGGUCUAGCUGCUUCGAAGCGGGAUGAGCAUGGAAAUGUUGGUUCAGAGGAGCAGGAGAGUGGUGAGAAUAGUAACUAUCAGCUUUCUGGGUCUGAAAGGACGCCUUACUGGGGUAGUUUGCCUUCUAAGGGCGGCGGAGUAUACAACACAGUUGUGGGCCACGGUAGCCAGGAUGAUGAGACCCGUCGUCAGGGACCGGCAACGGAGGGUGUGUCCGGUGUGUCGGACGUAUCGGGUCUCACGGAACAUGCCCAACGAGGUGCUGCAGCUGCUCCGGGCACAACUGGAGAGCGGAAGAGCCAUUGGCACACGGGUGCAGGUGUAGCUGGAGCGGCCGGUCUCGCCGGCGCUGGAGGGGCGGCUGCACUCUCUGGAAUUCCGGAGAAUGAGAAGCAGAAGCAGACCGCUCAUGCUGCUAAUGCUGAUCCGCAGGUUGGCCAGCACACCGGCCAACGUACCGUGCAGCAUACCCAAGAUCCCCGGACCGGUACCUCGCCAGCGGCCCCCGGGUUCCUGCCCGAAACGGCUGCCGGCGACGACGCCCGUCUUGCCGCGGCUGCUUCACGCGGGACCGGAACCCAUCUCGGUUCAGAUGCCCACACCGAGACGGGGAAGCCUGCCCACCGAGCAUUCCCCCUAACUGGGCCGGGCCACACCACUACUACCGAGGAACGACACCAGACGGAGCAACGCGAAUCGUCCCCGUCCAAGUACGGCACCGCAGCUGCCGGUGCAGCCGGUCUCGCAGCGGGCGCAGCAACGGCCAAGUAUGUCGGCAAGCGUCGCAGCGGGAGCGCCGCGGCCGCUGACCGAGACCACACCGAUCGUGCUGGGGACUCCUCCCCGCAGCGGUCUUCCCCACCCGUGGAAAAGACUUCCAGCAAUGAGGAAGAGGGGUCGUCGCCUAAGGGCGAGAAGAAACAUCGUAUUCUCGGCCUCUUCCACCGCCGCAAGGAGUCCAAGAACUACAAGGGCCAUCACCACGAGAAGGAUGAUUCUCACACCAGCCACCACCACGCCAACGACGGCCCCGAAUCCGUAAAGCAGCAGCAGCAGCAACAGCCUGAAACUACCGGUAUCAACACCACCCCCAACCGUCUCCGCAAACCCUCCAGCGCUGAGCGCAGAAGGUCGCCGGAUUACCGCGAUGAGCAGCAGCAGGCUACCAACAACAGCCACAACAAGGAGAAGUCCGCGGCCGGUGCUGCUGCUGCCGCUGGUGCCGGUGCAGGCGCGUAUGGGCUGUGGAACCACCACCGCAACCAGAAGAGCGUCGGUGAGAAGCAGCAGGGCGAGGACAUCACCACGGGAGCUAACGACAACAGCGGUAGCAACAACAUCGGCAACAACAACAAUACGCUCCGUGGUCAUCAGGGCUUGGCGUCUGCGGCGGCGGCCACGGGUGUUGCUGGCCCGGCUGCGGACGCUGGUCAUCGUGUUGAGAAGGUCCCGGCGCCGUUGGAGCAUUCGAGAGGAGUACCUGCGUCGGAGUCUGUCGUCCCACAGUCUGGUGUUGAUCGCGGAUCAGCUGGUUACUCAGGGUUCAGGGGUGCUGGUGUGAACGAGCCGAGUGGCUACAACAGCACUCAAAACUCUGGCGUUCCCAUCGAUGCCCGUCAAGACACCGCCCGUGGGAUCGACCAGACUGCUCAGACCUCGGCCAACUCGGGUGGCCAUGGGUACGGGAAGUACGGCGCCAUUGCUGCGGGAACGGCUGCUGCUGCUGCUGUUCCUGCUGCGUACGAGGCCACCAAGAAACGGGAGGUUUCGAACCCUUCCCACCUGGCCGACAACACUCGGCAGGUAGCCAACAACACCAGCAAUGCCGCGCAGACUCCCGGUCACUACGACACGCUGGCCACCGGCAUGCCCUCGAGUGUGAAGCACGACCAGUCGGCCGGUGAGUCUGGGCUUGCCUCGGGUCAAAAUCCGGCCCAUGGCACCACCGUUCGGGAUAUCACCUCUGCUAGACAAGCAGCGCCCACGCCAGAGUACAAUGUCCUCCCCUCAGGCACCGCUUCAGGCGUCAAGGUCAAGCCGCACUCGCCGCACCACAGCCAGACCACCGAUGAGUCAUCGGGCAUCGCUUCUAGCGAUGUUUCUCGGUCAACCGCUACCCGCUCUGGACCCGGACAGACCGAGACCCGGUCUCAGCAAGAGCCUCAGGGACACAGUCAGGGGCAUGGUAAGCAAUACGCUGCCAUGGGGCUAGGCGCUGCUGUCGUGCCAGCUGCGGCGUAUACUGCGUCGUCUUCGCUCGGCGGUCAUCAAGAUCGUGAGGGCCAGGGCCAGACCCAGGCCCAGCCUCAAGGUGGUGAAGGACAUGGAUACGACCAGUACAGCCAUGCUCAGCAGUUCCACCAACAACAGCAACCGGGUCAACUCCACCAGCAGACUCAACACCUGCAACAGCCCCAACAGCAACCCUUCCAACCCCAGUUCCAGCACCAGCAGCCUUACGCCCAACCUCAAUCACAAUCUCAAAUUCCACCCCAGCCCCAGCAACAAACCGCCCGCAACCCCGCCCUCGCAGCCGCUACAACCUCCUGGACCUCCAACGCAGGCAAGAGCUCCGGUGUGCCUGUGCCCGAUUACGACCGGUCUGUCCCGCCGAACACCAACGCCUCGACAGCAGCUGGUCUCGCGCACCAACAACAGCAAGGGGGGUUCACCCAAGCUCAGGACUACCGGGUGUCUCAACAAGGCCAGCAUUUCACACGGUGUCAGCAUUGCGGUGGGGAGAAUGAUAUUAGCGAGCAUGUGCAGCGGCUUUUGGGGGGGAAGGUUUAG